CGAAUGACCAGGCUGGCUCUGACACAAUCAAGAUUUCAACAUGGCGUCCAAAGUACAACAGAGCCAAAACACAAGCUAACAAGCUGGUGUCAUCUAGCUGCUAUACACAAAUAACAUUUCGAGUUGUACUAUGCGGGAAAUUAACCGAUCAGUAUUAAGAACAAAGAUCAAACAAGACAAAUAAUGGAGACGCGAGGCAUAGAGCAGAUGUUUGACUUCCAGAGGUUGCCAAACGAUGGUCUGGUACUAUUGUUACUCCUGCUGUAUACGCCAGUCGGGCUCUGCUUGAUGUUGCUGCGGAUAUUUAUUGGAGUCCAUGUAUUUUUAGUGAGCUGUGCACUUCCUGACAGUCUACUGAGAAGAUCCAUUGUAAGGAUUAUGUGUUCAGUCCUUGGCAUGCACGUCCGACAGAACAAUCCUCGCUCAAGGGACAAGCAUGUCAAGCUAUACGUCAGUAAUCAUGUCACUCACUUCGAUCACAACGUCAUAAACCUGCUGACGUCCUGCAAUACACCCAUGCUGGAGGGCUCUGCAGGGUUUGUGUGCUGGGCGCGGGGCUUCAUGGAGCUGGGUGGUGGGGGGGAGAACCGUGCGGAGCUGGCCGCCACCCUCCAGAGGUACUGCUCCACUCCUGAGGACCCCCCUCUGCUGCUCUUCCCCGAGGAAGACACCACCAACGGCCGAGCAGGCCUCCUCAAAUUCAGCUCGUGGCCUUUCUCUGUGACGGACUCGGUGCAGCCUGUAGCCUUGAUGGUGCAGAGGCCGUUCCUUGCUGUGGCUAUACCAGAGUCGUCGUGGCUGACGGAAUUGCUGUGGACUUUUUUUGUUCCGUUCACAGUGUACCAUGUAAGAUGGCUGGGACCCAUGUCAAAACAGGAAGAAGAGUCACAUCAAGACUUUGCUAAUAAAGUCCAAGAGUUUCUAGCCACUGAGCUAGGCGUGGUGUCAACACAGAUCACCAAAGCAGACAAAGCUGAACACAUCAAAAGGAAAAAGCACACCGCUCUACAGACGGCAAGCACCAAUCUGGGUGCUCGUCCCCGGGCGACCCCUCGAGGCUUCAUGUCCCCUGGGUCAGGGGCAGAGGACCCCCGGGUGGUCCGGAUGGCCCAGCAGGUGAAGGAUGUCCUGCCCCAUAUCCCCCUCAGUGUCAUCACCAGGGAUUUGUUGCUGACAAACUGUGUGGACACCACCAUCACCAACCUCCUGGAGAGGACAGAGGAGUACCCCAUCGAGGACGCCAGCAGCUCUGCAUCAGGGUCACCUCGCCAACCACCCUCAACAUCCCCCUCCAGCUCCUCAUCUUCCUCUUCCACUCAGGCUGCUGCGGCACCCAUCCCCACCAUCAAGCCGGCUGCCAAAUCAUUUGGAAAGUCUCCAGUUGACAGACACAUGUCUCUGCAGGAAAGAAAAGAGGCCUUGUACGAAUAUGCGAGACGGCGCUACAUGGAGAAACAUGGACUGACUCAGGAGGAUGACCUGUGAAUGAUUUUCUUUUUUUUGGUUCCCAAGUACAUGUGGAUUGUCUCCCAGUGGACAAGAGAAGUAAUUAUUAUGGUGAAUACGGGACACAAUAUUGCCUGUCUGGAGACGUUUUUUGAUUGACAUCCAUUCUGGGGAAGGAUUCAGGGUGGCAAGGAUUUUUUUGUUUUUUAUUCUCUUGCAUGGCAGUCAUGCAUGUCUUUUUAAUUAUUUCUCUCUGCAAGGAGGCGGCGGCGAAAAAGAAGAGACGGAAAAAAAGAGAUUAUUUUGGUAUCAAUUUGUAUCAAGUUCCAGUGACAGUGACACAUCUCAUAUUAUUUUUAUAAAGUCUGGAAAUGGUAUUUAAAAAAAGUCAAGGUUCAUUUUUGUGUGGUUUUGAGCUGACACAUUUUGAAGAUUCAUUACGUUCUAAAGACUCUGUUGGUGCAGCAUCGGCUUUCAAGGACAUUCAAAUAAUUUCUUUGAUGCAAAUGUGACUGGCUGGCUUGUCAACCAUGUUUGAGGACACUUUUCGAGGCUUUCAUCAAAAUAGACGUCUGCUAAAGUGGGUUAAUAAAGAAACAUGCAAUUGUUCAA